UAAAGCUAGCAGCAAGGAGAGAGUCGGGGAGGGAUUAUCAGUUAACUAUGCUUAUCUGCAUGUGAUAUGGUGGCCGACAAAAAGUGACCACACUGUCUUUCUGCUCUCUGGCGCUCAGCGAUGUGUCAGCUCGGCCGCUACAUGAAGGCCUGAAUCGGUCUAAGUUUAUGUUAGCAGUCUGGUGUUAGCUCCUGCCGCUAGCUCACUCCUGCUGCUGCUGGUGGUGGUGGUGACUUCACUCAACUUGUCAACAGCCGAUCCGAUCGAUCCUGGACGGGACUCGGGACUGUUUUCGCUGCUUACUCGUUGUAGCCCGUUGGCAGUUUUCUGUAACGUAAAAAUCUUCUGAACCAGCAGCACUAUCGGGAGAGUGGAGCUAUGAUGGCAACGUGACAGGAGGGGCACCGCUGAGUCAGCUUCAACAGGAACCAUGGAAGGGUUUCAGCAAACUGCUACAGAGAAGCACGACGGGGUGAACGGCUACUGUGAGCCCAAAUCCCCCCAGGACACCGCUGAUGUCAGGUGGACGUCACCGGAGGGAGAGUCCGGGGGUUCGGACAGCUGUGGGGGGACGAGUGUGUCAGAGCUGACAGACCUGCAAGAGUUGAAGGCUAGGGAAAGUGAAGAUGAGGAGGACAGGGACGAGAAGGAGGUGGUGCCUGUCUCUAAAGGCCUGAAAGGGGACCAGAAGAAGAGAGAGAAAGAGGGUCUGGAUCAGGAAGAGAACAAUCACAGUAAGCAAAACAGCAGUGCAGCGUCCAGCUACACAGACCUGUCCCAUACCUCGUCGCCUUCGUUGUCAGAGCAGCUGCGUCUUGGCCGCGAAGACAGCGCAGGGUCUGGGAUCAGUGUGGAGUGUAAGGUCUGCGGGGACAAGGCCUCGGGCUUCCACUAUGGCGUGCAUGCCUGUGAAGGUUGCAAGGGCUUCUUCCGGCGAACCGUGCGCAUGAAACUGGAAUAUGAGCGCUGCGAGCGUUCCUGCAAGAUUCAGAAGAAGAAUCGUAACAAGUGCCAAUACUGUCGCUUCCAGAAGUGCCUGUCUUUGGGAAUGUCCCAUGAUGCGAUCCGAUAUGGACGUAUGCCUGAGGCGGAGAGGAAGAAGCUGGUGGCAGGCCUCCUUGCAGAGGAACUGAACCUUGGCAAACCAGGUGGCUCUGACCUGAAGACCUUGGCCAAACAAGUGAACACAGCCUACCUGAAGAACCUCAGUAUGACCAAGAAGAGGGCCCGCAGCAUCCUGUCAGGCAAAACCAGCAGCACCUCGCCAUUUGUGAUCUACGAUGUGGACACACUCUGGAAAGCAGAAAGUGGUUUGGUGUGGAGCCAGUUACUUCCAGGUGCACCCCUGACCAAGGAGAUCGGGGUCCAUGUGUUCUACCGCUGCCAGUGCACUACGGUGGAGACCGUGCGAGAGCUCACCGAGUUUGCCAAGUGCAUUCCAGGGUUUGUGGACCUCUUCCUUAAUGACCAGGUUACUUUGCUGAAAUAUGGUGUGCAUGAGGCUAUUUUUGCCAUGCUGCCAUCUCUCAUGAACAAAGAUGGACUCUUGGUGGCCAAUGGGAAAGGCUUUGUUACUAGGGAGUUCCUGCGCAGUUUAAGAAAGCCCUUCAGUGAGAUCAUGGAGCCCAAGUUUGAGUUUGCUGUCAAGUUUAAUGCUCUGGAGCUGGAUGACAGCGACCUGGCCCUGUUUGUUGCUGCCAUUAUUCUCUGUGGAGAUCGUCCCGGGCUAAUGAACGUGAAGCAGGUGGAGCAGAGUCAGGACAACAUCCUCCAGGCCCUGGACCUCCACCUCCAAGCAAACCACUCUGACUCUGUCUACCUCUUCCCAAAGCUGCUGCAGAAGAUGGCCGACCUCCGUCAGCUGGUUACUGAGAACGCUCAGCUUGUCCAAAAGAUUAAAAAGACUGAGUCUGAGACCUCGCUCCACCCUCUACUACAGGAGAUCUACAAAGACAUGUAUUAGUGUUCUUCAGCACAGACUGCUCUUAGCAAUACUGUUACAGACUUAAUUUACGUUUAUUAUAAUACACUGCAUUCAGUACAAGCACUGUUCCACGUUUGGGCAUGGAUUGUAACAUGUGCAGAUGAGGCAGAGUCAAGUGGUAGGGCUAACACAAUCAGCAAAGUCUUCACAAUGUCAGCAUUACCUUCAGCACAGUAAUUGUGUGUGUGUGUGUGUGUGUGUUUGUGUGUGUGUG